AUGGCGGACAAGGACUGUGACAAUCAGUUAUCCAAAGCAGAGUUCAUGCUGAUGGUCCGCCGGGGAGACCCCUAUAUGAAGCAAAAAGAAAUCGAGAAGAGCUUCAUCCUCGCCACCUUGGGAAAUGGUGCCGUCAGCUUCGACGCAUUUGCUGCGUGGGUUUCCCUGAGGGACUACCAAGAGGAGGCGCAUGCUCUUAUCGACCCAUUGAAGGUAGUGUGGCACCUGUGGAACCUGGACGGCGACGACUCACUUAGCAUUCCAGAGUUCGAGCACUGCAUUAAACAGGCUUUCCCGAAGAUGAAAAGGAUAGAGCUGCUGCGCAUCAUUCGUGCGAUAGACGAAGACUUCAGUGGCGUAGUGACUCAGGAAGAGUUUGGACUCUUCAUUUGUCCACCGGAGGCCUGA